AUCGGCACCAUUAAUUUUGAACGAGGACGCGGAAUCCAGUGAAAUUUUUGCCGACUUAUACGAUCACAAUUCAGUCGCGUGGAGAAUAGGCACGUUGAGAUCGGAGGAUCAACACCACGCGCACAGAAAAGCACUUGGCGUCCCUGUGGCCGUAGCUAUGGACAGAGUGUCUGGUCGCCGGAGAGCGCACGCAACACUAUUACACAUGCUCAUGGUGUAUGUACCAUGUCUAUCACUAAUCAAGUCACUGAAAGGUGUCCAAGGUCUGUCCCUGUCUUCCUCUCCAUCAUCUGAGGAUGGUAUCAUAUCAGUCUGUCCUGCCACCACUGUCACCCUCGCCUGUACUGCCAGUGGAGUUGUGGCUCUGGGAUGGAGAAACCAGAAUGGUGCAAUACGUGGAUUCAGUGCCAGUGAUCCAGAGUCCAUGGUGAUAGAAGAAGGUCCCUACACUCUGACUCUAGUCUCAGUAGACAAUGAUGAUGGCGAUUCUGAUGCUGACUUAACCUCUACACUGGAGGUGAUGGUGGAUGACAUCACCAAUGGAACUAACAUCUCCUGUGUUAUAGUCGGGAAUCAGAUACACCUGGUCAUCUAUAGAAUAAUAGGAGCACAGGUCACCUACUCCUGUGACACCCACCUGGUUCUGGUGGGAGAGACUGUGGCCACAUGCUCUCUCCCUUCUCUAACAUGGCUGCCUAGUAGUGGUGAUGUCACCUGUAUACAGCCAUCUGAAUGUAACGCGACGUUUGACCUCUUACAAAGGAACCUAUUGUUUAAUGUAGUGAAUCAGUCGUUUUCCUGUGCUGCUGGUUAUUCUAGCUCAGACAGUCUUCAGUCCAAGUGUGUAUCUGGAGAAUGGAUUAUCUACCCAAGCACUAUUAUGUGCAUUGCUGACGAAUCAUCGAUCACACAAGAACCACCCUUGACUCGUGGUGCAAGUAUGACACAAAGAUGUACAGCGGUACCCAACAGAAGUUCUCUGAGUACAGCAGAAGCAGUGGCCACAGCAGGAGUAGUGUGUGGUGUGUGUUGCUUCACUGCUGGACUGCUACUUGGUGUCCUACUGACUCAAUGUCAUGGUCACUGUCAUAGGAAGGGGAGGAGAGGCCAGACUGAGAUACCUCCUGUUUAUGAGGGCAUUCCCUUGGAGAAGACACCUCCCAUUGAACUCAACACCAAUGAAGCUUAUGGACCUAUCGCAAAAUAACCUAUUCAUGUCUGUAUUUCCCACUCUUUCCUACUAUAUAACAACACUGAAAAAUCCUGCCAUUUCCUAGAAUAACAUGCC